CCUGACCAAACACACUCCCCCGAGCUAACACUAAGAGUAACUAGCUACUCUAUCAAAUCCUCCGCUCAGAGGAGUCGCUGUCCUUCAACUUCAGUCAAAUUCGUCGAUAGAAGAUUCACUUUGAGUUGCAGAAAAUUUUCGAAGGCGAUAGAAAAUAAAUUCAUAAUAUACUAUAGACAUCCAAGUACUAAGAUCUAUAAUCAUAGAAAAAUAUGGCAGCAGCCAACCCUGUACCACUGGCAUACCAGAGCAGUGGCGAAGGGACCUCAGCACCGGAUUGGCUCAACAAAGGGGAUAAUGCAUGGCAGCUGACAGCAUCCACCCUCGUAGGACUGCAGUGCGUGCCUGGACUCGUGAUUCUCUACGGCAGUAUAGUGAAAAAAAAAUGGGCUGUGAAUUCGGCCUUCAUGUCACUCUAUGCGUUCGCAGCAGUUCUCAUCUGCUGGGUCACUUGGGCUUUCAAGAUGUCAUUUGGCGAGGAGCUCAUUCCACUGUGGGGAAAAGCAGGACCCAGUCUGGAUCAGAAAUAUCUUCUACAACAAGCUCUAUUGCCCUCGACAGGAACCGAUUUCUAUCUACCACUUGCUCCACUCUAUCCAAUGGCAACGCUAGUCUACUUCCAAUUCGUAUUCGCUGCUAUCACGCUGAUUCUCAUUGCAGGAUCUCUUUUAGGACGGAUGAACUUCAUAGCCUGGAUGAUUUUCGUUCCACUAUGGCUCACUUGCUCGUAUACUGUGGGCGCCUUCAGCCUGUGGGGCGGUGGAUUCCUGUUUCAGUGGGGUGUAAUUGACUACGCCGGCGGCUAUGUAAUUCACUUGUCUUCUGGAGUCGCAGGACUCGUUGCAGCAUACUGGGUGGGACCUAGACUCGACAAAGACCGCAAGAGCUUCCCUCCUAACAACGUGCUCCUCACACUUGCUGGAGCAGGAAUGCUAUGGCUGGGCUGGAAUGGAUUCAACGGUGGAGCGCCAUACGCAGCCAGCGUUAUCUCUUCAAUGGCGGUUCUCAACACCAAUAUUUGUGCUGCGACCAGCCUGCUAGUCUGGACGAGUAUAGAUGUACUCGUUUUCAAGAAGCCGUCAGUCAUAGGCGCAGUUCAGGGAAUGAUCACCGGUCUGGUGGCAAUCACUCCAUCCGCAGGUUUGGUUCAAGGAUGGGCUGCGAUGGUUAUAGGAGUACUGGCGGGGAGCAUCCCAUGGUACUCGAUGAUGAUACUGGGCAGAAAGGGAUUGUUUCAGAAGGUCGAUGACACGCUCGGCGUAUUCCACACGCACGCCGUGGCCGGAGUCAUGGGAGGGAUAUGCGCAGCGUUCUUCGCUCAGCCCACGCUAUGCAACUUGUUCCUGUCCAUUCCCAACGAGCGAGGAAUUAUAUACGCAGGUGACGGCCACGGUCACAGAGCCGGCUUGCAGUUGGCGAAGCAGAUCUGCGGAGCUCUCUUCGUCAUCGGAUGGAAUGUCGUCGUGACGACCCUCAUCUGUCUUGCCAUCAAGUUGGUGGUGCCUCUGCGCAUGACCGAUGAGCUUCUGAUAGUCGGAGACGAUGCGGCUCACGGGGAAGAAGCUUAUGCUUUAUGGGGCGAUGGAGAGAAAUUUGAUGCCACAAAGCAUGGUGCGGGUUCCCCCUUGGCAUUGACGGAGCAUGAUGGAGAUCAGGUUCUCAGAAAAGGCAUUCUCACUGACAGCCCUAUCGAACUUGAAAGAUUGUAAACAAUCAGAGACCAUACCAACUAAAAUUCGGCUUCGCCUUUCAAACUCAAUCAAUUAGAAAACCGUGGAUCAGCGACGAAGGGAAUAGACAGACGAAGUGUGAUUUGGGCAGAUUUGAGUAACGAGGGUGGCAUCGACGAGUUCAGUUUUAACAGUCUCGGUUAAUUUUCUAGAUACAGAAUUUUCUAUUCAGGGACACAGAAGUGGAAGACAGCGACUCAGAUCCGUUACUAUGAACUCAAAAUUCACCGAGACAUUCUAUUUACAUGAUGCAAUCCUACCUGCUCGAAGCCCUCGUUAUCUUGCAGAGAUCUUUGGUGUAGAGAAUCCAAUCUUCAUGAACUAUGAUGAGAGAAGCAAAAGUAGAGCUUAUGAGAUUAAAGUAGGUUUAUGAGAAUUAAGAGAUACAACCAACAACCUUUAGUCAAUAAAGAGCAGAUGGAUGCACCUUGGACAAUGGGAUAAUAGAAAGUAAGGAUAGUAGAAUAAAGACGGGGCUACAAAGAGCAAUGAGCUGUAAAACCGAUAUUUUGAACGCUUCCAUUAAUUGUGAACGAUCUUAAAAUGCUUAUCUGAAAUAGGGAUUGCUGAUAAUAAAGCCACGCGUCAGGUUCAUAUGUUUUA